CAACUUGUUCUUUCUUUCUACACACUACACUACUAUUCGCAAUGAACACACACAUUACAGAAACCAAAAAGCCCGUUAGAGUCUGGGUCGAUGGCUGCUUUGACAUGAUGCACUACGGACAUGCCAACGCUCUCCGUCAGGCUAAAGCGAUGGGCGAUGUACUCGUCGUCGGUGUGCAUUCCGAUGCCGAGAUUGCAAAGAACAAAGGCCCUACUGUGAUGAAGGAGGAUGAAAGAUAUGCAGCUGUUGGUGCUUGCAAGUGGGUGGACGAAGUGGUCCCUGACGCACCAUACAACACGACUGUCGAGAUUCUGCGUGAAUACAAUAUUGAUUUCUGCGUGCACGGUGACGAUAUCACGACCAUGGCUGACGGCACCGACUGCUACCAGGCUGUCAAGGAUGCAGGCUUGUACCGCGAAUGCAAGCGUACGCAAGGCGUUUCAACCACCGAACUCGUUGGCAGAAUGCUUUUGAUGACGCGCGACCAUCACAAGCGCCGCAUGUCUGCUGGCGCAUCAUCCUUGUCGAGCUUCAACUCGGAGGAUCUGGGCUCGUUCAGUGCGGGCAAGCGUCGUACGACGGUUUCUCACUUUUUACCGACCUCAAAGCGUAUUGUCCAGUUCUCGGAGGGACGCGAGCCGCGUGAUACAGACAAGGUCGUGUAUGUGGAUGGAACGUUUGAUUUGUUUCAUGUUGGCCACAUUGAGUUUUUGAAACGCGCCAAGGCGUUGGGCGAUUUCUUGGUUGUUGGCGUGCAUGAUGAUCAGACUGUCAAUGCCAUCAAGGGCGCAAACCAUCCUUUGAUGAACCUGCACGAACGCGCAUUGAGCGUACUUGCAUGCCAGUAUGUGGACGAAGUGAUCAUUGGUGCACCUUACAGCGUGACAGAAGACGUUCUGAACAAGGAGUACAAGGUCCAAAUCGUUGCCCAUGGCAAUACUGCCACUGAGCCCGAUUUGGAUGGCAGCGAUCCAUAUGAGUUGCCCAAGGAACGCGGCGUCUAUGUCGAAAUCGAAAACCCCAACUCGACCAUCACCACCCAGGGCAUCAUUGAGCGUAUCAUUGAAAACCGCUUCGUAUACGAAGAGCGACAGCGCAGAAAGGGCGCAAAGGCCGCUCUGGAAGCUGAGCAAGAAGCUGCCGAAAAGCAAGUCAACAAGACUGCUGCCUAGAUAAAGGCACAAAGAAUACCCUUGCCCACCUCCCCUCCCCGUCCCCUCCUCUUGUCACUGCUAACCGUACCCUAUUUCAACAUGUGUGUAUAUCCCCUCGUUCCCUUUCUGUUUUAUUGCCAAGAAUAGUUGGUGCUGUAUCAUAAAUAUUUCGUAGACAAAGUACAUGAAUAGUAAAAAAAAGUGUAGAGCGUUCAACCGCUAAUGAAAGAUGCAG